AUGGAGACAGAGAACAGCACAGUGGUGACAGAAUUCAUCCUCCUUGGUCUGACCCAGUCUCAGCAUGCUCAACUCCUGGUCUUUGUGCUAGUCUUAGUUUUCUACCUCAUCAUCCUCCCUGGAAAUUUCCUCAUCAUCCUCACCAUCAGAUCAGACCCUGGCCUCACAGCCCCCCUCUACUUCUUUCUAGGCAACUUGGCUUUCCUGGAUGCAUCCUACUCCUUCAUUGUGGCUCCCAGGAUGCUGGUGGACUUCCUCUCUGAGAAGAAAAUAAUCUCCUACAGAGGAUGCAUCACUCAGCUCUUUUUCUUGCACUUUCUUGGGGUAGGGGAGAUGUUCCUUCUUGUUGUGAUGGCCUUUGACCGCUACAUCGCCAUUUGUCAUCCUCUACGCUAUUCCACUGUCAUGAACCCUAGAGCCUGCUAUGCCUUGCUGUUGGCUCUGUGGCUUGGGGGCUUUACUCAUUCCAUUGUACAAGUGGCCCUCAUCCUCCACUUGCCCUUCUGUGGCCCAAACCAGCUG